CCUUCCAGGGCUUUAGGAACUUGCUGUAGUUUAAUGGCCAUCACUGAAAUUACGUUACUUCUUUUUUUCUAAAUCGUGGGUUAAUUAUUCUAGCGUAAUUUUAAAUACCUUAUCAAAUGGGGUUACACUUUGGAGUGUUUGAAGCGAGAAACAACUGAAACUUUUUACGUUGUGCUGGAAAGGCUUCGUGACCGAUUGGCACUUAAGUUGUUCAACAUUGCAGGUAGUUGGCUACACUGGCAGAGGCAUAAAUAUUUCUUCAUUCAAAGAUAAACCUCGGUGCAUAAUGCAUUCACAGACGUGCCGACGUGUACUUUGUCCGCACCCCAAAAUGGUCGUAGAGAUUCUACUUAGACAUGCCAAAUAAUGCGAUUGAGAUUUGCAUCCAGCAACCAAUGCGUAAACGAAUAUGGCGUCAGUUUAUUAGCGUUAAGUCACUUCGUAUUAUCAUUCACUUUGAUUUCGUAACUUGGAUGACAAUCUUGCCAUUUAAUUUAUCCUUUUUUAACAUUCACAUGGCCGUGUUUUUGUAUGUGGCUGGCCGGGCGAGAAACAAGAUGCUUUUUAAUAGAACAUUGCCUGGUCCAAGUAACUUGAACGAGGUAUGAAUAUUAAUGGCGACCCCAACGAGACAGUAUCGUAGAGCACUGCGCGUCAGUCACCACAAGAUUUGGCUUUGAAAAUGUAAUCUACCGAUGAGUCUGCGAGGCAGCUCGGCCUUGCUGUCGCUAAAAGUUUAACACUUAACAACCUAGUCGCUACAGCCUCCGGGAUGAGUGUGAUUCAGCAAGUCAUUUGCCUUUGCUUUUUACUAUCUUUGUCCUGCUUUUGGUCGGUAAUGUGUCGACCUCAACUUCGUCCCUCUGAAUUUAAAAGUCGAACCGCUGAAGCCAAGACUGAAGUUGGUGCCAAUAGUCAACCUUUUGCUACACUUGCAUCGCGGUCGUUGAAGGGCGAUGGUAGUUUAUCAGUUGAAGAGGCAGGCAUUUCCAUCCUCUUCAAAUUGCAAAUCUUCCCCUUCCGGAAGCCCAACAAUGAGCUCGCAGUGGAUGCUCGGAACGGAGACCUACCAAGAGACAAUGGCGUCUGGGGAACUGGCAUUGAAUUUGGGCUUCCUAAUGGCGCUGGCUUUGGCUACGGUCAAGACGCUUCAUUCAACACGUUUUCAUUCAGCUCAGUUUCGUACAUUUUCAAAGGAUGAAAGUCGUUACCCAUUUUUUUUAUUUAUUUUGCAUUUUAAAUAUUUAAAAAAUAAAUUAUUGAAUAAACCUAAGUCAGAUCUCA